ACCUUCCACACAAUUCCAGUUCCAGUCUUUAGUGGUGAAAACUAUGAUUUUUGGUCCAUAAAAAUGACCAGUUAUUUUAGAUCCCAAAAAUUAUGGGAUAUUGUCAGUGAGGGCUACACUAUUCCUGUCGAUAUUACCAUUCUUGAUGAUAAUCAAAAGAAGGAGCUUGAUGAGAAUCAACAAAAAGAUUCCCAAGCUUUGUUCGUUCUGCAAUAAGCCAUGGCGGACCUAAUCUCAUAUAUAGUGAUAAACACUGGUGAUUAUUAUAGUGAUAAACAAUGGUGAUUAUUACGAGAAAAGCACCUCAUAUAUAGCACUUCUACGGGAUCCACCACCACAUCAACUGCCACAUUGUUGGUGAUGAAUAUUGAAUAGCAUUUUUACUAGCUAGUCGAGACCUUGAUGAAUGAUUAUUCCCAACAGGUUGCAUUGCCUAGCUUGAAGGAUUUGGAGUUGUCCACCCUGAGCUCCGACAAGUUAUUGCCAGACCGUCCUCCAGAAAAGUUUAACAUGCAGAAUCUAACAAACUUGAAGAUUCAUGGUUGCAAUAGUUUGAACUAUCUCUUGUCUUUUGCUAUGGCCAGAAACAUUGCACAGCUUGAGCACCUAGAGGUACGUGGAUGCAGUGUUAUGGAAGAUGCACUAGCCAUAAAUGACAAAGAAAGGAUGGUGAAAAACAAACUCCUUCCCAAUCGUAAGUUCUUAGUGCUUGAGGAUCUCCCUAACUUGGAAAGAUUUUGCUCCAAAAGUUGGGCGGGGUUUUCAUCCUUGGCUAGACUGAGGAUAAAUAAUUGUCCAAGACUGGAAAUUGAAGAUUCUAUUUGGAAGCUGCCUCAGUUGGAAAUAUUGAUCUUGAAUCGGAUUAUUGUUGCCCAGGAAGCAAGGUGGAACCGUCAAUAUGAAAUUGAUCAUGAAGGUCUAAAUGAGGAUGAUCAAGAACAUGCCGGAAUAUUUCCCUGCUUGAAAUUCCUAGUUCUAGACGAGGUGGCUGAUCGUUUGAUGGAUUCAUGGAAGAAGAAUAACCAUCCUGCAGGAAGAGCCUUCCAGAAUUUGAAAUAUUUAGGUGUACUCCGAUGCCAUACGUUAAAGAAUCUAGUCCCAGUCUUCCAAGCUUUGAGGUUUCUGGUAGUGUCAAAAUGCCAUGGAAUGGAAUAUUUGUUAACACCAUCAACCGCUAAAAGUCUGACUCAACUGAGAACGACGUUGAUAGAAAAAUGCGAAAGGAUGAUUCAAAUAAUAGCAGAUUAUAAUGGAAGUGAAACAGAGGAGGGUACUGAAAUUGUUUUUGAUCGGCUGGAAGAGUUGGCACUUCGUAAUCUACAAAACGUCAGGAGUUUUUAUUCAGGGAAUUGUGUAAUGAAAUUUCCAAAUUUGAAACGGUUAAUUUUCCAAUAUUGCCCUCAGAUGGUGAGUUUUUGUGAGGGAAAUAUUAGCACCCCAAAUCUGAAGAAAUUAAUACUAUCUAUAGGCGAAGGUGGAGUUGAUUUAGUUUUUGAUAAAGUUAUGGAGUUAGACUUUGAUGAAGAUGGAGUACUGCUAUUUGACGAUUACGACUUCAGUUCUUUCCCAAUGCAACAGUUAGAAGAGGGUGACAUUAAUGCUGCCAGAAGAAAGCUAUGGCUAAACAACCAAGGUUGAAUCUCAUCUACUACAGUCAAAACUAUUAGCAGAAAAUCAAAGGUAGGAUAUUCCUCGACUGCUGAAUCUGGAAUCAUUCACGACUUGGACCUUAAUUUCUGUUGAGCCAUAAGUAUCAAACUAGUGGCUAGCCUUUUCUUUCUUUAUUUAUUUAUUUUUGGUGAAGAAACUAAUGGUUAGCUUUUAUUAUCAGGAAAAUUAAAUUGUUUGACCAUUCUGGAUAUCGACAGUUAGGUCUGGUAGGUGGACUAGUAAAGGAUAAGAGAUAACGAGGUCAUAGAAGUUCUAAGUUUUUGCAUUAUCCAUUUCUACCUCUAAUGCAAAAUUUUGUUUUGAAAUAAAAACCACCAUGUGGGUUAUUUUCCUGUUAGAUAUUUUGAGACAGAAAAAUGUGGUUCUCUGAAACAUUACCUAUAGUUGUAAUCCAUUUAAUGUGAGGUCGUUCAAUUUAUUUCCAUAUUUCAUUUGUAAAAAUUUAAACUGGAGGUCAUGGGUUAUUGAUGAACUUUUUAGUACA